AAAAAACGGAGCACAUCAGAGACACGGCGGCAAAUCCGAAGGCCCUGGCACGGGCUCACAGCGACGCCGGCGUCUGCCGUUCCCGAUAGAGCGCUGGCGCUGGCAGGGACAAGAGAGGCGGCGGCGGCGGCUGGAGAUUCGGUAAACUCUAGCACAGAGGAGAUAAGUGGACAAAAGAGGGCCUGGCGCUAAACGCCACGAGGGAGGAUAUAAAAGGAAGCACCAAGUACGCAGGCGGGCCGUCAGGCGCUAACAUGGGCAAGAUCAUCUUCUACGAAGGCCGUGACUUUCAGGGCCCGCAGUGGGAGUGCGGCGGCGACUGCGCCGACACCUUGCGCCACUUGGGCCGCUGCAACUCCAUCCGGUCCAGCGGCGGUCACUGGGUGCUCUACGAGAAGGCCAACUUUGCCGGCUACCAGUACGUCCUGGGCCCCGGCGACUACCCCGACUUUGGCAGCUGGAUGGGCUUCAACGACCGCAUCCGUUCCUGCCAGAUGUUCCCGCCGUACAGGGGCUCGUACAAGUUGAAGCUGUUCUCCCGUCCCGACCUGUCGGGCCAAGCCACGGAGGUGACGGACGACUGCCCCGACGUGGCCUCGCGCUUGCGCCUGAGCGACGUCUACUCGUGCGACGUGGCCGAAGGCUUCUGGGUCAUGUACGAGCACCCCAACUACAGGGGGCGCCAGUUCGUCCUGCGCCCCGGCGAGUACCGGGCCUGCGGCGACUGGGGCAGCCAGCAGCCGGCGGUGGGCUCGCUGCGUCGGAUCAAAACCCUCAAGGCCAACGAGUAAUAAAAGUCGUAGGCAUUUGCACAAAAA